AUGCAUUUUGUCCAUCCGAGGAGGAUAAAUCGCAUGUUGGUGGCUUCUCCGCUACCCCUGGACUUUGUGUCCAGGAUUGUCAUUAAAUUCUCACCAGAGAACAAAUGUGCAGAGACGUUUAUGAGGAAUUACAUACCGCUAAUGUCCUACGGGAAUCCUCACCUCAAAUUCUCCAAGUUCUGUCUUGAUGAUGACCAAGAGUAUUGCAAGGUCUUCCUAAAAAAUGGAUCAGUUCACGAAUUUGGUUUUGGUGAGUAUCCUCAAGAUGUCAUGCAGAAGAUUCUUGAUCUUGAAGCAGAGAAUGGAUGA